AUCGCUCCUAACGCACAUGGCGACAGCCUCUUUCUGUCAUUAAGCCCGCGUAACUGAACGUAACUAAGUUUGGCGCCAGGUGCGUAGAGUCAAAGUUGUUGGGUUGUAGAAAGAGGUCUAAGCGAUUACAUAUCUGUAACUUGAAGUCUAUUUAUAAGCUGUAUCGAGAUGGCAGUCAGGUUAACUGAAGGUGCUAUUGCGUGCAUGGUGCGGGGAGAAAAUCCACCAAAUCCUGUUCUUCAAGUUAUUAAUAUUCGUGCAAUUGCAAGUGGAAAUGGUCCACCCCGUUAUCGUUUAUUGAUGAGUGAUGGAUUAAAUACACUUUCUUCUUUUAUGUUGGCUACCCAACUGAACCCAAUGGUUGAAGAUAAUACGGUCUCUUCCAACUGUGUAUGCCAAGUGAACAAAUUCAUUGUCAACACACUGAAAGAUGGAAGGCGAGUAGUGGUGGUUCUUGAUAUGGAUGUUCUUAAAACAGCAGAGAAUGUGCCAGGAAAAAUUGGCAACCCGACACCAUACAAUGAAGGUCAGGGGCAACAGCAAGCACCAGUUGCAGCACCAAAUCCUCCAGCCAGCAAGGUCAAUGUUCCCAAUGGAUUUGCUGCAGAGGCUGCUACUUCUACCCCAGUGAUGAAUCGCGCACCAGCUAAGCAGUUUGGCAAACCCAGUGCUGUUUCUAGUACUCCUGGUGGGUCGCAGGUCAAGGUAGUCCCUAUUGCGAGUCUUAACCCUUACCAGUCCAAGUGGACCAUACGUGCCCGUGUUACCAAUAAGAGUCAGAUACGUACAUGGAGUAACUCUAGAGGCGAAGGAAAGCUUUUUUCUAUUGAGAUGGUAGAUGAAAGUGGCGAGAUCAGGGCUACAGCUUUUACUGACCAAGUGGACAAGUUCUUCUCCCUUAUUGAAAUUGGCAAGAAAUGCCUUUCUGAAGAAGUUCUUGAGAUUAAAGAACGAAAACGUUUAAAAAGUAGCGGGUUGGAGUCUGGUCUUUUGUUUGGCAGUGGUGAACUUUCAUUUGUUAACAUUAUUGGAGUUUGUAGAAGUUAUGAAGAUGUGGCAAAGAUCACAGUGAAAUCCACCAAUCGAGAGGUAGCAAAACGAAACAUCUAUUUGAUGGAUAUGUCCGGGAAAAUAGUGUCUGUUACUCUUUGGGGUGAAGAUGCUGACAAAUUUGAUGGGUCUGGGCAACCAAUAAUUGCAAUUAAAGGAGCCAGGCUGUCUGACUUUGGUGGUCGAUCUCUUUCUAUUCUCUCAUCAAGCACUAUGAUUUUGAACCCGGACAUCCCAGAAUCAUUUAAAUUACGAGGAUGGUUUGAUUCUGUUGGUCAGUCUCUAGAGGGGACAUCAAUUUCUGACCAGAGAGGUGGUGCAUCUGGAGGAGGUGGAAAUACCAACUGGAAAACUUUGUUGGAAGUUAAAAACGAAAACCUUGGCCAUGGUGAUAAGGCCGAUUACUAUUCAUGCAUUGGCACAGUUGUAUAUCUUCGCAAAGAAAAUUGCAUGUACCAAGCCUGCCCCACACCGGAGUGCAACAAAAAGGUGUUGGACCAACAGAAUGGGUUGUACCGAUGUGAGAAGUGUGAUCGAGAGUUCCCAAAUUAUAAAUACCGCAUGAUUUUAUCAGCAAAUAUUGCAGAUUUUGGUGAUAAUCAGUGGGUGACAUGUUUCCAGGAGGCAGCUGAAGCUAUCCUUGGACAGAAUGCCAAUUAUCUUGGAGAACUGAAAGACACAAAUGAGCAGGCCUUUGAGGAGGUGUUUCAGAAUGCCAACUUUCGCUCAUACACUUUCAGAAUCAGAGUGAAACUGGAGACGUACAAUGAUGAAUCUCGCAUCAAGGCUACUGUGAUGGACGUUAAGCCUGUAGACUAUGCAGAAUAUAGCAAGAGACUGAUGAUGAACAUUCGUAAACUGGCAUCUCAGUGUAUGUGAUGUACCACAAACAGCUGGGUGCUUAUACUUCAGUUGAAUUAAACUGAAGGAAUGGGAUCUUCCCUCUUACUUGUGUUGUAAGUCAAAGUUGCAUCUAGCAAGCAACAACCAUUCUAUUCCUGAAACCCUCAUUAUGGCCUGCUGUGUUCUGAAGAUUUUCAUGGUUUUGGGGACUUGAACUCUGGCGGAUGAACUAAUAUGACUGUUUUUUGGAGAAAAGGUGUCACAGCAGCAAUUUAUUGGCACCCAAAUCUUCUGUUCUUUGUGCACUCUGGAUUAGAAUGGCAUUUGAUUUAAAACCGCAGCCCUAAAGUUAUUUUACUGUCUGUCCACUCAGAUUUAAGAAGACUGUAGAAUUAUUAAUCUGCAAUAUAACUUGCUGUUUAGGCAUGUUUUGCCUUCAGGAUUUAAUAGACUGAGUCAUGUGAUUGAUUCUAAUCGUACUAGUCUCUUCUGAAGAAAGCUCUUCAGCAUCAUCCCCUGCCCUCAUGGGGAGGGGGUUGAGAAGUCUCCUAAAAAGUCUCAUUGUAAUUUCUAGCUAAAUUGAAACCCCCUCUCUCACAGAGGUUGUACAUCUAUUUAUAUUUGUUUUGCAUCUAGUUUGACAUGCCCAAUCCAAGGUUUGGAUUUAGCAUCUGAACAAUUAACCAGAUAUCUUUAAUGGACUAUUAAAGUGGUUUUAACUGUCCUUGUGAAUCUGUCAAUAAUAAUUUUCAGAAAAGGUUUGCAUCCCUUUGCCACUGGAAGAGACGAGACAGUUUUUGAAGUUGUCCUGGCUGAUGUCAGCAAAGCUAUGCCCUUAGUUUGUUUUGGUAGUGUUAAAAGCAGUAUUUUGUACUUGAAUAAAUAAUUAUACUUGUAA